CCAGCUGAUUGUUUGGUUUCCUGAAUUGAUUGUUUAGUUGACUGAUAGCAAAUAAUUUCUGGAAAUAUAAUCAUCUUUUCAUCGUUAUAUCUCUAUAGUUGUUAAUCCAACAAAAAUUACAGAUAUUGUAUUUAUUUAAUAGAAUCUAGCGGUAACAUAAGAUGUGAAGAAAAAUGCUUAGAACAGAAGAAAAACGAGUGAACAUCCCUUCGUUUUGAAAAUUGUAGGAAACAAUCAGUGUUAACUAGUUAUGCACAAUUCGGAAUAAGGGAAUAAAAUGAAAAAAUGUUGUAUUUCCUCCUGUCCUAAGCCUGAAAAUUUGGUUUGUUUUGACAUACCAAAAGAUCUUGAGAGAAGAAAGGAGUGGAUGAUCAACAUCAACAGAGAUCCAAAUGUUCUUUCAGUAACAAAUGAUGAUGCUGCUGCUGCAGUCUGUUCACUUCAUUUUAAACAGAGUGAUUACAUAUAUCUUUUGCAUGGUGAUCAAACUACUAAAAGAAAAAUCUCUGAGCACUCUGUACCAUCUGUUUUUCCAUGGACACAUGACUGGUAUAGCAAUUAUACUGCAGAGAUGGAAAUUGCACAACUGAAUGAAAGAUCCUCACAUUCAACUGAUUCUCAAACUUCAAUUCCAAACAUGGGGCUCCCAGAGGGGGAGGCAGUUCAGCUGGGGAAUGUUGAAUCACUUGGCAUUAACACUUAUGUCGCUGUUGUUGAAAAUGCAUGUCCUGAUUCUUCUGCCAAUGAUUCAAAUAGCAGAUUAAGUACAGAAAAUAGGAAAAACUUGUUAGUGAAGUCCAUACAGUCAAAGUCUACUCAUCAAGGGAUACAACUUUCAACAUCCACGUCUAAUUCGACUUCUCGUGUUGAGACCUCCGAAGACGAAGACAUCAAUUGUUUUAAUAUACUGUCCCAGGUCCAUUACAGUUGUACAGGCUGUGAAUUCAAGAGCAAAGACAUUAUCUCUCUAAAGGAACAUCGGAUGAAACAUCAUCCCGAAGUACAGCUGGAAUCCGCUAACGUAAACCGGACGGAGAGGAAGUGUCAUGAAACGAGAAAUUCCGAAACUCCCAUUCGGCAAUGUCAUACCCAAGAAGAAAACAAAUACUCAUCUCAAUUACCCGUACAAGCCUUUCAAUGUGACGAAAAAGGAAAAAAGCGCAAGUCUUCCUGCGUAAAAGGUCCACGAGAGUCCAAAGAUAAUCAUCUUGGUCAACAAAAGCACGGAAAGGAAACUGAUUUCGGGAUUGAGGUUUCGGUUGUAAACCAUUCACAAACAAGUAGUAAGAAUAUGGAUCCGUCUUCAGCCUUAUUUUCCAAGAAGGAUAGUUCACAGCCUUCAAAAAGGCACGUAAGAAACUGUUAUCCUUGUACACAGUGUUCAUUUCGAACACCAAAUGCCAGAAAAUUGAAAGCGCAUGUGAAACAAAAUCAUCGCGUAACAGCCAAUACUUCAAAAGAACAACAAUCGAGACUAUCACUUCCAAAAGAAAACGAAAUGCGGACGUCUUGCAGGGCAUUCCCUGGCGUGAGCCAGUCCGAUUUGAAAAAACGCCGAAUUAAAGGCCAUUUAUAUUAUUUUUGCCCUGCCCCAAAUUGCUCCUACCGAGCGAAGGAUUCACGUCGUAUUUUCCAUCAUUGUCAAGCGGACCAUGAUCUCACAAUCGACCAAAAUUACCCUUGUUCAAAUUCUUAUUUGAAAAAGACCAUGUCAUCAUCAUUGGCCAGUAGUGAUCAAGAGCCAUGCGGAACGAGUAAAACAUCUGAUAAUACUGGGCCUGGCCGAUACUUCUGUGAGUCAUGUAACUAUUCUGUCAAUAAAAAAUCUCGUCUAAAGAACCAUAGACGUAGGCAUACGGAAAAUUCUGGGUAUCGCUGUAGCAUAUGCUCGUACUCAGUUCCAAUGAAACGCCAACUUACCUAUCACGUAACCAAUCACCAUUCAGAGGGCUUUUCUUGUAACCUUUGCAAUUACAAAGCAAAAACCUUGACUGAAAAGAAUAACCAUCACGCAAGUGCCCACAAGGCGGCGACUGCUGGGAAAACUUCAUCCCAUUCAUCAGAGCAGCUAUCUAAUUCAGACUGUGAUUUGCAACAUGUCUGCUCCCAGUGUUCUUUCAAAACUUCUUCUCGGGAACGAUUUGACAUGCAUGAGAAAACGCACGUGCCCGAUUCUGUGGGUUCAUCCACGGAGGAAUUGGACAUUGAGGACACUCAAAAGAAAACAACCAGAAAGAUGAAAAGGAAACGUGAAGAUUCCAGCAGCAGCAUUCGGACUGUCAAACUUAUCGAACGCCUCGUUUACCAAUGUCCUCACUGUAGUUUUUGGGCUCGAGCUGUGUCCAGUUUCCACCAACAUCUUAUGGCGCACGAAAAAAAAACUACAUUCAAAUGUUCCCAUUGCGAUUUCAGCUCUCGUUAUCGCACUGCCAUAACCAAACACAUUAAGGAAAGCCCGAAGGAAACUCACAGAUCAGCUUGCUGGAAUAUGACCAAACCUGUUCCAGAAAACCAGUACCCCGAAUAUCUCAAAACGUCCCUUAUUCCAGAAUUAGAAUAUUCAGGAACACGGAAGAUCACUAAUUUAGUUUCUGAUGAAGAAUUGAAAAGAGAAGCUCUUUCGGAUUCUAGUGACAGUAGCUGGAAGCUUUCUGGUGAAUCUUCUCUAGCAAACAAUACGGAUGAUGGAUCGCGGGACUGGGUUCCCUCUUCAAGUUUGUCAUCAGCUCAGAUGAGGGACGACUCUUCCUCAUCUCUCAGUUUCGAAAUCACUUCAGAUUCAUCAUCGGAAUAUGACCGUAAACCUUCGUCAUCCAGCUCCGCGUCAUCGGAUUCAAGAUCGGAAGCCAAGAACCAAUCCUCUGUAAAAAACUCACCUACGACUGAUAUGUCGUCCUCAUCGCUCACGAACGGAAUAGUCCUCCGGAGCUCGAGCAGCACGAGACGUCAUCGCCGAAAAAGGUUGCGAAUUCAUUCAGACGAGGAAAUUGAACAGCAAAGUCCCUUGAAACCUGCCACGGUGCCUGCGAGCAACGAUGCAGGAGACGAAGAAAUUAAACUAAGCGUGCUUGAUGUACAACAAGAGACCAACAUACAGCCGCAAAUCCUAGCCACUUUUCCGCAGGGCCGUUUUCCUGUCUUGGAUGAUGCUUUAGCAGAACGUCAGGCAAUGGAACAAAAGGUUAAGGAAGCACAAGACAGAAUCAACGAAAUGCGGACAGAACAGCUUAAGAUGGUAGAGACCGAUAGUGCCAGUGAAACAGAAUUAUUGAAACUAAAAGAGAGAAAAAACGUUGCCGAGCAACGGUUAAUGAAACUCUGCGGUCAAAAGAUUGAAGCUGAACUCCAACUUCGAACCGAACAGUGUCAAGAGCUCAAGUUCAGUCUUGCAAUGUACGAACCGGGACAAGAAUCGGAAUUCAACAAGAGUGUCUUAGUAGAAAGUCAAAAACUUGUGUCAAAAACUGUCGUCGAAUUAGAAGCUAAACUUACCGAAAUUAAAAAAGCCAUUGCAGAUCUACGAGAAGAAAUUGAAAUUCUUGAUUGCCAAAUGAAGGAGAGCGAAGAGUCACAUGCAGGAGCUGCCCAGCUCCUUGAAAUCUUUGAAAGUGAAAUGUCUGAAAAGGAAACCGAAUUGGUUCGUUUGCAAGAAGACUUGGCCAAAUCUGUUUCUAAUAUUAGGCAAUUGGUGGCCGAGGAACGAAAGCUGAUCGGGACUCGUACCACAAUGUGUAAAGAAGAACUGAAGAGGUUAUACAUGAAAGGCUUAUCGAAAAUCCGCGAAAAAGAGCGGGAUUUGCUCAAUGCUUUAGACGGUUACGUUUCGGAUAAAAGUGUUUCUCCCAACGUGAGCGAAACAAUUUAAUUAAAUGACGCUAUCAUUUAUUGAAAAGUUGUCUCGAUUUAAAAAUGAUUCCCUAAUUUCAAAAAAAAAAAUGAUUAUAAAUAGAGAUAAGCUUAAGCUUUGCAAAGAUUAUCUAACAUAAACAUCAUUGUUGUUUUUUUUUUCUUUUCACGUUUGAUUGAUUCGUUGUGCUUCUGGAUACCGUAUGUGACAAAGAUACAACAUUCUUCUUUUUCGUCUUUGUCCUCAAGUGUAUUUGAAUUUGCGACCAAACUUCAAUCCAUAGAUUUUUAUUUGCACCGGAUGAAAUAAACUGAUCAACAACU